AUGGAGCAACAACACUAUUCAAGAUACUCAUUCUUCUACUUGUUCUUCUUCUUUGUGGUUUUGCUUCUUCCCUUGGUUGGAGCCGGCGACGCCGAAGCUCUAUUAAGCCUGAAAUCGACACUGGAUCCGACGAACUCGCUGCCGUGGCGGCAAGGAAGCAAUGUGUGUGAUUGGGAAGGUGUGAGGGAGUGUAUGAAAGGAAGAGUCACAAAGCUGGUGCUGGAGUACUUAAAUUUGACCGGCACUCUCGACCGGAAAAUCAUCAACCAGCUGGAUCAGCUCCGGGUUCUCAGCUUCAAAAGCAACUCAAUUUCCGGCCAAAUACCCGACCUUUCCGGCCUCAUCAAUCUCAAGUCCCUCUUCUUGAACGACAACAACUUCUACGGCGUUUUCCCCGCUUCCAUUUCCUCUCUCCACCGCUUGAAAGUCGUCGUUCUGGCCGGUAACCGCAUCUCCGGCGACAUUCCGACUGCGCUCGUCAAUCUCCGCCGCCUCUACGUUCUGUACUUACAAGACAAUCAGCUCAGCGGCGCCAUUCCGCCGCUCAAUCAGACCUCCCUCCGGUUCUUCAAUGUCUCCAACAACCACCUCUCCGGCGAAAUCCCGAUGACGGCGGCGCUCAUUCAGUUCAACGCCUCCUCUUUUUUCGGGAACAUCAAUGUCUGCGGUCUGCAGAUUCACAACAAAUGCCAGAACGGCAUUGCCUUUCCGCCUUUGCUGGGUCCGAGUUCUCAAACUCAUCCGAAUUCGAAAUCAAAACCAAGUAAUUCCAAGCUCAUAAAGAUUAUUGCUGCGAGUGUUGGAGGUUUCGUGCUGCUUGUUAUACUUUUGUUGCUAGUAUUACUGCUCUGCCGGAAACACAGCGGUCGGAAAGAUGCCGAGACCAGAAACAAAGGGGCUGUUCACGGCGUUGAGACGACGGAGACAGGAGGAGGGGCGGGUCCUUCAGGCGGCGGUGGCAGGGGAGGUAAUAACGGUGGAAAGCAAGGGGCGUUUUCGUGGGAGGGUGAUGGACUGGGGAGCCUGGUGUUCUGCGGUCCAGGGGAUCAGCAGAUGAGUUACAGCCUAGAGGAUUUACUCAAGGCUUCAGCUGAGACGCUGGGGAGGGGUAGUAUGGGGAGUACGUAUAAAGCUGUGAUGGAGUCUGGUUUUAUUGUUACUGUAAAAAGGCUUAAGGAUGCAAGGUACCCUAGGCUUGAUGAGUUUAGGAGACACAUGGACUUGCUUGGGAAGCUCAGGCACCCUCAUUUGGUGCCUCUCAGGGCCUAUUUCCAGGCUAAGGAGGAACGCUUGAUUGUGUACGAUUACUUCCCCAAUGGCAGCCUCUUCUCGCUAAUUCAUGGUUCAAGAACUUCAGGAGGCGGGAAGCCUCUGCACUGGACCUCAUGUCUUAAAAUAGCCGAGGACUUGGCAAGUGGUGUUCUUUAUAUCCACCAGAAUCCUGGCUUGACUCAUGGAAACUUGAAAUCCUCAAAUGUCUUGUUGGGUUCCGAUUUUGAAUCAUGCUUGACGGAUUAUGGUCUCACUUUAUUCCGAGAUCCUGAUUCUCAUGAGGAACCUAGUGCAACCACUCUCUUCUACCGAGCCCCUGAAUGCCGCGACAUCAGAAAACCAUCCACACAACAAGCAGAUGUAUACAGCUUCGGUGUCCUCCUCUUGGAGCUCCUAACCGGAAAGACUCCCUUCCAAGACCUCGUUCAGGAACAUGGCUCAGACAUUCCAAGAUGGGUGCGUUCAGUUCGUGAGGAGGAGACAGAGUCAGGAGAUGAACCUGUCAGCUCUGGCAAUGAGGCAUCAGAGGAGAAACUUCAGGCGCUUCUUAAUAUUGCAAUGGCUUGUGUUUCGAUUACACCAGAGAACAGACCUACAAUGAGAGAGGUUUUGAGGAUGAUAAGGGAUUCAAGGGCAGAGGCUAUAGUGUCUUCAAACAACAGCAGUGAUCAUUCACCGGGGAGAUGGUCGGAUACUGUUCAGAGCUUGCCUAGGGAAGAACACCUGAGCAUUUAAUUCAGCAGCUGGGUAUGUAUAACGGCGUGCAUUUGAGUGGUUACUAGUGAUCAAAUGGAUUAACUUGGCGGCUUGUUAAAGUAAUGCUGAUUCUUUUGGAUGGAAUUGGAGCAUGAUUGAUUCUUGUACUACUACUACGUACUACUAGGCAUUUGCAGAGCUGGGAGGGCGCUCUGGUGUAAAGGUUUUGUGAUUUUCAUUAUUGUAAUAGCUAGUUUGCAUUUUGCACAAGUAAUUCAAAUCAAUGAGGUUUGCAUCACCUUAUAGGUAUAAGUUUUCGAACCAUAUUCAUAACCAUGCAUUGUGUAAGCCAACAAUUCACUUCUUUUUCCAUUUUCUCACUGUACAAUGGUAUAUCAUCAUAAGCUCCCAGAGUGAAAGAUUUGCUUUGAACUAC